AUGAACCCCAGACUCUCCUACGUUCUCCUGGUCGGGGCUGCGGUGAUAAUCUUCGUUCUCUCCUGCGUGUUACUGAGCAGGGGGAGGCAGUCACCCAGCUGUGAGUCCCAGCCCCGCAUCGUGGAGAAGGCAGGAUCCACGAGCCAGAGCCUGGUCUUUGCGGAUCUGACGCCCGCAGAGCUGGCGCAGGUGGUGCGGUACCUGCGGGGAAGCCUCGGGGUGCGGCUGGUCGACGCCUCGCGGGCAGAACCCUCCGACAGCUGCAUCGCCUCCGUGGAGCUGCAGGUCCCCGCCAAGGCAGAGGUGCUGCGGUUCCUGGACGGGGCGGGGGCUCGCCCCCCCCGGGAGGCGCUGGCUGUGCUGUACUUUGGGAACCAGCCGGAGCCCAACGUCACCGAGUACGUGGUGGGUCCGCUGCCGACGCCGGUGUAUCACCGGGACGUGACGGUGCAGAAGUACGGGGGGAAGGUGCCGUACCACCGCAGACCGAUGCUGGGCAGCGAGUACGAGCAGGUUGGGGCCUUCUUGAAGACGGUGGCAUUUGCUGCAGCCCCGACCUUCCUCAAAGAAGUCUUUGAGGAUGAUGGCACCAAUGUGGCAUUUCAGACGCUGACAGCCGCUCCCCGUGGGUUCCAGUCUGGAGAUCGGGUCACCUGGUUCGUUUUGUUUCAGAACGUGAGCGGGUUCUUUGUGCACCCGGUGGGGCUGGAGGUGCUGGUGGACCACAGCAGCCUGGACACGUCCCAGUGGGCGGUGAGCAGGGUCUUCUACAAUGGCCGGUACUACAGGGCCAUGGAGCAGCUGGAGAGCGCCUACGUGCAGGGUCGCAUCAGCGUGGAGAAGGUGGGGAAGGCGCCGCGGGACGGGGACUUCUCGUCCAUGAAGCCCCGGGCGCCUGCGGCCGCGCUGUUCCCGCUGCAGUUCGAGCCGCAGGGCCCCCGCUACAGCGUCAGGAACAACCACGUCCUCUUCCAGGGCUGGAGCUUCGCCUUUGGGAUGAGCGUGCACAGGGGCCUGCGCCUGUUUGACGUCCGACACAAGGGGGAGAGGGUGGCCUAUGAAAUCAGCGUCCAAGAGGCGCUGUCGGUGUACGGCUCCAACUGCCCCGGAGGGAUGUCGACGCGGUACAUGGACGGGAGCUUUGGCAUCGGGCGCUACGCCUCCCCCCUGGUGCGAGGGGUCGACUGCCCCUACUUAGCAACGUACCUGGACGUGCACUACCUGGCUCAUUCCCAGGUCUCCCAAGUCAGUAAAAGUGCCCUCUGCAUCUUUGAGCAGAACCUGGGCUCCCCUCUGAGGCGCCACUACUCCAACUUGCAGUCGCUCUACUACGGGGGNCUGCGGAAGAACACGCUGGUCAUCCGUGCCAUCUCCACUCUCAUCAACUACGACUACAUCUGGGACUUCAUGUUCCAUGGCAGCGGGGCCGUGGAGGUCCGCGUGCAUGCCACCGGCUACAUCAGCUCCUCCUUCUUCCAUGGCCGAGGCACCAACUACGGCAACAGGGUUGGGCCCCACACGCUGGGGACGAUGCACCUCCACCACAUCCACUACAAGGUGGACCUGGAUGUCAACGGGCAGGUGAACUCUCUGGAGACCCAGGACAUGGGGUACGAGCUCGCAAAAGAGCCCUGGAGCAUGCAGAACACUAUCGAGCGGCCAUACCUCCGUAGGGAAAGGCUGGAGAGGGAGGACGAGGCAGCGUUCCCGCUCAAUGCCCCCAUGCCCCGCUACCUCUGCUUUGCCAGCCCCUUCCCCAACAAGUGGGGGCAUCCGCGCAGCUACCGGAUCCAGAUCACCAGCUUCGCCGGGGAGCACCUGCCCGCCAGCAGCCCCAUGGAGAGAUCCAUCAGCUGGGGCAGGUACCAGCUGGCCGUCACCCGGCGGAAGGAGGAGGAGCCCACCAGCACCAGCAUCUACAACCAGAACGACCCCUGGACGCCCACCGUCGCCUUCGCCGACUUCAUCAACAACGAGACCAUCACCAACGAGGACCUGGUGGCCUGGAUCUCCGUGGGGUUCCUGCAUGUGCCCCACGCCGAGGACGUCCCCAACACGGUGACCGUGGGGAACGGCGUCGGCUUUUUCCUGAGGCCCUACAACUACUUCGACGAGGAUCCCUCAGUGGAUUCGCCUGACAGCGUCUACUUCAGCAGCGAGGAGGACGCUGGAGAGUGCGGGGCCAACCCCCUCGCCUGCCUGCCCCACGCCACCGCCUGCACCCCCCACCUGCCCCCCUUCCGCUACGGGGGCUUCCGCAACCUCAGCCUGGCGCGGCCGCCCGGCGGGAUCUGACAGGGCCGGGGCUGUCGCUGCGCCCGUCCCUGCCGGCGAGGACGCUGCCGCGGGUGGACCCAAAGCCUCUGAGCAACGUUCCCUAGGAGUGGUUUUUGGAGACUCCAUCCAGGAUGCCACCCAAAGUGCUGCGGGGUGCCCGCGGCUGCUCUCCUCCUCUGGGACCGGGGCUCCCGCUGCCUCCCCAAGGUAGGUGAGUGCACAGAGGGCCAGGGCCGGGCACUGCACAAAGCUGCAGCCCCCCCUGGAGCCCAGCGUUUGCCCAGGGUGGCAGGAGCGGGUGCUGUGGCAGCCUCGGUGGCCUGGCCACUGCCUGGGGUCGUUGGGCUGAGGGGAGCCGGCGGCCUCCACCCCGGCCCCAGAGCUGCUGCAGCUCCAGGGCUGCUGGGGCCAAAGUGACUCUGAGUUCUGGCUGCUGUGGCGGUGCCAAGCUCUGGGACAGGGACAGGGCACUGGGCUGCACUGGGAACCCGCAGGAGCUGCCGGGCUGCGGGACGGGUGCUCCCCGGGCUGAGCUGCCCCAUGUCCACCCUUCCCCAAUAAACAGGCACUCGGGUGCUUUUUCUGACCCAA